AUGGCGUCACUCGAAGCUGCGAUUGACGAGGAGAUGAAGGAGGUCCGGGGCGUACCAGACAGGAGGAACAAGAGCCGAGGCCGUCGUCUUGAGAGCCCACACGUUAGCGCGCGCGCAGGAAGCCCUGCUUCGCCCAUACGCGGCCUGCUCGAUGCCGACCAUUUGGGCCAGCGCCGCAGCUCUAGUAGAGGCAGCACUGGUAUCCCCUUCAGCAUGCCGUCGUCCCCGCGCAGGGUAAAUCCCGAAACAGCCUUCAAGUUCGACAUGAUGCCCUCCAUCGAAGCCAAGACCAUGCCGAAACGAGCCUCCCAAGGUGGCAAGCAGGACUUCACCCCUAAGCCCCGUGCCAUGUCGUCUGUGUACGGCAAUCAGACAGGCUUUCUGAAUCCAUCGUCGAGCAAAAACCGUCACAAUUCAAUGAGCGACUCCUUGGGCAGGAGAUCACAAUCAGGCUCUCCCGGACCUGGUAGAUCGGUGUCUCCGGGUACACGUCCGAUUACCUUGAAUCCUGCUAUCCGCACAAAUUUGGCCCUCACGUCUUCUACAGAUGUCGACGAUGACGGCGAUAUUGAGACGACGGAUCGCAAACCCUCAGACGCCCGCAGUCCGUCCCCGGUUCCGGAUCGCAAAGACUCGUAUCCUCUCAUAGGAGAAGCCACAGCACCUGGCGGGGGCGUGCGCUUGACUACCGACGAUGAUGGCGACGAUGGUGAUGAUAGCGCAGCGGUGGAAAGCAGUGACGACGACUCCGACAGUUCAGAUUGGGAUGAUGGAUGGGAUGCGGGCGCUAUUGCCAACGCCGCGAAGAGAAAGGAGAGGGGUAGACGCCGCACCAGGGCCGAGUCUGAUGGCACUGAUACAAUGGGACGAGAGAUUGUAUCUGCACAAAGCUUGCUGGCUGCAGCGAAGAAGGAGGGCAGGGAUGUUGCGACUUCCUACAAGGCCCGGUCGGUGCUCCAGCCGGCUGUGAACAUCACUGGGCCUAAUGGGGAGCGCAUGGUGAGGAGGACUUCGUCAGGCGUAGUUCACCCACAUACCAGCUUUGACCAGGGGGGUUCUACCGUCACGUCGCCCGUGCACUCGGACACUGAGGAUCAUCUCGCCGAGAUCAGAUCGGCGCAGCAGCUGACUCUGAACAUAUCUCCUAUCCAGUCAAGUCCCGAGGCCCAUCGAUGUGUCCGACAAAUCAUCCGGGGCGACUAUAGUCAGUUUGCCGAUGAAGCCCAGAAAGGGUUGCGACGCCAGCGUGUAUAUUUGGUUUCAACCGACCUUAGUGAUGAGGCCGCGUAUGCUCUUGAAUGGACUAUCGGCACGGUUCUGAGAGACGGCGAUACCUUGUUGGCUGUAUAUGCUGUUGACGAAGAAGUUGGUGUGGCUACAACUGACGCAUCAGGGCUCCCCGUCAGUCGAGGUACUACUGGAAGACUGGAAUCCGACGCACUCAAAAGGACUCUGUCCGAUCAUGGUAGUCUAUCGACUACAUCGGCGAAACCCGGAAUUUCGGCGUUGUCCAAUUCGAUAAUGGCUACCGAAGCGGAUGUUAGUGCUAUGGGCAAGGCAGAGAAGGAAAGAUACCAAGCGGCCGUAGAAGUGUCUGAUCGAGUCGUCAAACUUCUCAAGAAGACCCGCUUGCAGGCCCGAGUCGUCGUUGAAGUGUUUCACUGCAAGAGCCCCAAGCACAUGAUUACUGAAGUGAUCGACUUCCUUGAGCCAACGCUCGUCAUCCUUGGUUCGAGAGGCCGCAGCGCCCUCAAAGGUGUAUUGCUCGGUUCCUUCAGUAACUACCUCGUUACCAAGUCAUCAGUGCCGGUGAUGGUUGCGCGUAAACGACUUCGGAAACACAGCAAGUACAAACGGCAAAACAUCCGCAUGUCCAACGUCCUCGCGAACCCCAGUGAUCGACUGGCUAAUGCCAAGGUUGAUUGA